AUGAAUAAAAUAGCUGCCUGUUGACUGAUUGGGAAUGGAAAUAUUAAAGUACCCAUCACCCUAAACGUUAAUUUGAUUGUUGUACCUAUGUUAUAAGGUUAGAGGAUCAUUCGGCUUCAUUCAGGCUUUGGUAAGAAGUGCGAUGUUUAAUGUGCAGCCUUUGCAGUAAGUGGGGUAACCAACUUCCUGUACUUGUUCCCCCUGAGUUUGAAACAUUGUGUAUUAGGUUCAUUGAAGACUGUAUUGUGAGUGAGUGAGAGAGAGAGAGAGAGAGUGUGUGCGUGGGUGCGUGCCGCAUUUCUUUUUCUGAGACUGCUGUCCGAGAAGAUUUUCUAAGAUGCAUUGGGUCAAAUGUCAAUUUUGCAUCAUUUUAGAUUGAAUGCUGAUGUGUGUCUGCUUCAACUCAAUCAUGCCUGCUCAAAAAUCAAGUUUGCAAUCACACAGUGUAUUCUAAAGUUUUGUAUUUGGUGGUCGCAAAGCAAAUAUGUCCCCAGUUUGAGUCGAUUUUGGGUGCUUUCUGCUGCGUGGACUUAUUUUUGGUGUCGCCAGUGUCCAAAUUAAAAAGCAUGUUAAUUUCCAGCCACUUGAUAAAGUACUGACAAAAGGUCGAGCUUAGUCUCCAGACACAACGUGGUUGCUGCGCACUGCUUCUGAGGGAUGGGUUCAACACAAUUGUACAUCCGUUUGAUAAAGUACUUCUUGCAUUUUUGAUGCAUCGCGUCCUUUAAAGUGAAGUAAACUAGCAAAAAAGUCAAUUAAUUAAAAUUUGCAAAAUAUAAUCAUUUCACUCUUAAGUACAAAUUAUUAAAUUUGGAAUCUACGUUAAAAUAAUUUGCAAUGAAGUUUUAAUGAUAAAAGCUUUUUAAUUCGCCUAAUCUUGCAGUAUAAAAUGUUAAUUUCCUUGAUCACAAUAAAUCUGAUAUAUUAUAACAUGUUCAAAUUAAUACACGAAGGAAAUGAAGAUAAAAUUCCCCUGAACAUGCAGUUUGGUCUUCACUCAUUAAGACCUCUGACUCAAAAUGUCUCCCUGGACACUUUUUUGCUUCCUUUGACUAUGAAAAGGUCCGAAAUGUCUCAUGAAUAUGUGCUUUUCCCCACUUUCCCAGGAAACUUGUAGUUUUCAAACAUCUAACAGGUUAGGGUUAGUUUAUCUACAACGCGUCAGGGAUAAAUAUUUGUGAUUAAACCCAGCCCGAGCCUUUGAUGUUCCUGUGAGUCAUUCAGUCAUUCUGUGAAAAUGAACUGUGCUCUUGAAGGACAUGGGAUAAAAGUCUUUGGAAAGGCCAUUCAUGCACUUUCACGCGUCGGAGAUGAGCUGUGGCUGGAUCCCAUGGUCAAAGGGCUGGCUCUGAGAUCAGUAAAUUCCUCUCAGUCUGCAUAUGCCUGCUUCUUCUUCUCAUCAGCGUUCUUCCACAACUAUAGCUUGAGACCAGAGCAGGCCUGUCAACCCAUUAAAUGCAGGUUGUACAUGAAGUCUUUGCUACCACUUUUCCGAUGUUUGACUUCGAUUGAGCGUAAUGUGGAGCGAUGUCAGAUAUCGGUCAACACUCCCAAUGACAGAGUAAUGAUACAGUUUUCCUGCAAACACGGCAUUAGCAAAACUCACAACUUGUGUUACCAGGAGAGUGCAGCUCUGCAGGCUGUGUUUGAUUCACAUCUCUGUCCCAAUGUGCUGAAGAGUUCAGCCAGGCUUUUUGCAAGUAUAAUUAUGCAUUUCCAAAGACCUCAGGAGGAAGUCACCCUGUCAAUAACUCCUCUCCGAGUCAGCCUGAAGAGUUACCACGAAGGAAGAAAUGCUGGUUACGCUUCUGUCACAGAUCACAUGAAGAUGUUGUACACUGAGAUGUCCUUACACCCCGACGAGUUUGACUAUUUUCUGUCUGGAAUGGACUCGGCUGUAACCUUCUGCCUGAAGGAGCUGAGGGGUUUGGUGUCCUUUGCUGAGUUGCACUGCCUACCAGUUUCAGUCCAAUUUGGCGCAGCAGGAAAGCCCGUGUGCUUUUCUGUGGAGGACACAAUCCUGGAGGCCACACUGGUGCUGGCUACCUUGAUUGACUCAGACAGUGGUGAGCAUUCCAAACCAACAGAGAACCCAGGCCUAACUCCACCGAGAUGUGCAGAUGCAGCAGUUGGCGCUAACUCUCCCAAUAUUUAUGCUGAGUUGGAAGUGGUUCCAUCCAGUCAGGGCAGCCCUAUUAACCCGAGCAGCCCGUCAGGCCUUCUGCUGCAGCUUCAGAAGGACAGCCUUCUAAAAUGUGUCACGCUGGCUGGGACUGCCAGUCCUGCCUCUUCCACGAUCUGCCACCUGCUGUUCCGGGCUUCGUCGUCAGAGCAGGAUAACCAGAACCCAGUUGCCACUGUUCUGGCUUGUGACACGGACAUGGAGGAGAAUGAGUAGCCCCCACCAACCCCCAACUCUUAACUCCCGAAACUGAAACAUGUUCCUUACAUGCAUUUAUCUUGAUGAAUUUCUUGUUAUUCAAGUAUGUUGUUCACAGCCCUAAAGUUGAUUUGUCACUUCACAACCACCUUGUUCACUGUGAUACUUGAAAUGAUGUAUUUAUUACAUUUGGUUGGACUAUUUAUUGCCUAUGUAAUUCAAAUCCUUUCACAGUAAAAAUGAAAUGUUUAAUGUGUUGGCCUGCAACUGAAUCACAUCACAGCCAUACCUUACAAGAGAAUAAUAAAUACUAACGUCUUUAUUUAAAUAUUGUACAGCAGAUCUGCAUUGACAUACACAGCCAAAAUUUACAGACAUGCUUUGUUCGUCUGGAGCAGGAAGAUGAAAUUCUUCUGGGCAGGGAGCAGCAAAUGCUGCGGAAUCCACAGCAGCUGCACCACCCAACGGGAAAUUGCUUUGUCAUGUUGUUAAGGCUACUUCAGAUUGCUCUCGGACAUGCGCUAAUGCGUAAUAGUGGUAUUCACUGCUUUACUUUAAUCUGCCUCCCUUUUGUUUCCAUCCAGCCAUUUUACAAGAUGCUAAUCCUCACAAGGGUCACUGAACCCUAUCCGAGCUAUCUUGGGGCAGGAGGCAGGGUACACCCUGAACUACUUGCCAAUCUUCCAAUGCCGGUUUGAUAAACAGUCUUUUAGUGUAACUUUGUAAACCAUAAUCUCAUCUAUCUUCAUUACUAAUCAUCCUAUCUUCUGACUUGAGUACAAUUAAUUUCAGGAGAGCAUAGACAGGAAAAACGUCUUUUUGAAGACAGUGGGAAAAGAGGACAUUUUAAACGCAUGGCUACUCAGUUUGAGGCUUUGCGCCCACUGCUCAAUCCAACUAGCACAUAAUCGGCCGAGGCUUUAAGGAAUUACGUUUGCCAGUAUCAACAUUUGAUACAAGGCACAUCAUUAUCACACUAUAUUGAAAGAAUAGACUAUAAAGGUGCAGCAAUUUCAUAACACAAAAUAUGAAACGUGUAAAAAAAAAAAAAAAUGGCAGCUCGCGUGCCUUGGGAACAAAUAGGAAAUGCUGAUUGCAAUGUUUUGAGUCUGUUUAAAGUCUAACUAGUGAAACAAAGUACAAAAAUACACUUGCUCUUUCCCAUAUACUCCAGCUUUGUGCGUUUAAAGCCACAUACAUAAUUUUUUAAGCGUUCACAUCCUUUUCAAGCACAUUUGUCACUAUUUCUCCUCAUACACACACCAUAUUCACAGCAGCAGUGAGAUUAAAGGGAGGGCAUCUGUUCAAUGGAAUAUAACUUUACAUGUCAGAGCCUUGUGGUAUUAAAUAUUACCUAUGCAAAAGGCAAGGGCUUCUUCACGAAACCAGAUUGUUUUUAACCUGACCAGAAUUUUUUUUUUUUUUUUUUGCAAACAUUUACCAGAA